GGAGGCGGCAGGGAUGCGAUGGCGGAGUCGCUGCCCCUGGAGAUGCUCACAUAUAUUCUGAGCUUCCUGCCUCUGUCAGAUCAGAAAGAGGCCUCCCUCGUGAGUUGGGCUUGGUACCGUGCUGCCCAGAAUGCCCUUCGGGAGAGCCUGGGCCUCAGGGGCAUCUGCUGCAUCAGCCUGACCAACGUGGAUGGCUCUCCGGCUUCGUACCAGGUGCUACAGUCUGUUGCUUACCACCUGGGCCCACACCUGCAGAGCUUGUCCCUGGGUGGAGGCAGUCCCACAGAGGCCUCCUUUGUGGCCCUGAUCCUGGGCUGCCCAGCCCUGUGUGUCCUUGAUCUCAGUGGCUGCAACAGCCUCUUCACCUCUGGCACACUGCUGGCUCAGCCCGAGAUGGCACAGAGCGUCCGGCAGGCCUUGAGUGGCCUCCGUGAGCUCAACCUGGCUGGCCUGCGAGACCUGGCUGACCUCAGCUUCAACCGGCUCAGCAGCUGUGCCCCCAGCCUGGAGCGCCUCUCCUUGGCAUACUGCCACCUCACCUUCGAGCUAGGCCCAGUCCGAGGCUCCAUCAGCCCCCAAGACUCCUCUCCCUCCCAGUUCUCCUUCCGCAACCUGCUGCGAUUUGUGCAAGAGCGGGCUGGCAGGCUGCGUGCCCUGGACCUGAGUGGCACUGGCUUACCACCCGAGGCCCUGCAGGCCCUGGGCCAGGUAGCUGGGCUGCAACUGCAGGAGCUGAGCCUGCACUGCUGCCGGGACCUCUCCACAGAGGCUGUGGCUACCCUGUGCUUCCAGCAACCAGGCCUUACCUCCCUGGACCUCAGCGGCUGCUCAGAACUGACUGAUGGGGCGCUCUUGGCCGUGAGCCGGGGCCUGCGGCACCUGCGGCGCCUGAGCCUGGGGAAGCUGCAGCGGCUGACAGACGCAGGAUGUACAGCUCUGGGUGGCCUGCGGGAGCUGCAGAGCCUCAACAUGGCCGAGUGCUGCCUGGUGAGAGGGCGGGAACUGGCCCAGGCCCUGGGCUCUGUGCACGGGGCUCCAUCCCAGCUGGCCUCCCUCAGCCUGGCCCACUGCUCUUCGUUGAAGCCACGCCCAGAGCUGGAGCAUCAGGCCUCAGGCACCAAGGACCCCUGUCCCGAGCCACAGGGCCCCUCCCUGCUCAUGCUUCGGGCCCUGCAGGAGUUGGACCUCACAGCCUGCAGCAAGCUGACUGAUGCCAGUUUAGCCAAGGUGCUCCAGUUCCCCCAGCUGAGGCAGCUGUCCCUGAGCCUGUUGCCAGAACUUACAGACAAGGGCUUGGUGGCUGUGGCCGGGGGCUGUCCUAGCCUGGAGCACUUGGCGCUGAGUCACUGCAGCCGCAUCAGUGACAAGGGCUGGGCCCAGGCAGCCAGCUCCUGGCCGAGGCUGCAGCACCUCAACCUGUCCAGCUGCAGUCAGCUCACAGAGCAGACACUGGAUACCAUUGGGCAGGCGUGCAGGCAGCUCCGGGUGUUGGAUGUGGCCAUGUGCCCUGGCAUCAACAUGGCCGCCAUCAGACGCUUCCAAGCCCAGCUGCCCCAGGUGUCCUGCGUCCAGUCCCGCUUCGUGGGAGGGGCUGACCUGACCCUAACACUCUGAGGCCGGACCCUCUAGGACUGGGGGUGGGGCCAAUCCAGGCAGCCCAGAGGGAACUUCCCGCCACACCACCUGACAGUAGCCUCUUUCCAGCUACACGUGGCUGCCACAGGCCCCUGGAAAUGCUAGCUGCUUGUUUGCUGUCACAGGCUCCUGCUCUCUGGCCAAGCCCUGGGUGGGAGGCCAGGCCCCCAGCAGGCGGGGUCUGGUGCUGGGAGGAGCAGAGCCCCUGCUUCUUGCCUGCCCUCUUCUCAGACCUAAGGCCCAGCUCCACCUACUCCUGUGGGACUCUCCCAGCACCCUGUGUGCACUGAGCUUCAGCAGCUGAGCCCAGGUCUAUGUUGUAAACCCUAAGAUUAAACAUUCCAGAUAGUA